AUGAGAUUGGCAAGUGGAAUCGGGGUUAAGAAGUUACAAGUUUUUUGCGGCUCGCAACUGGUGGCUCACCAGUUCAGCGGCGAUUACGAAUGCAGGAACGACCGAAUGGACGCUUACCUUAAGGUUGUCCAGGAGCUGUCCGGCUCAUUUGAGUCGUUCGAAUUGACGAAAAUCCCUCGCAACGACAAUGCUCCAGCUGACGCCCUGGCCGUCCUCGCUUCAACAUCCGACCCCGACCUCAGUCGAAUCAUUCCUGUCGAGAGUAUUUAUCAGCCGAGCAUCAAUCUCCCAACGAACAUCGAUCCCAUUGCUCAAGAUUAUAAAAAGAAAAAGGUUAUGGAGGAUGCGAGUGUCAACAUUCCAUCCUCUGAACCAUCGGCCGGUGCACCAUCAACUUCUAUUGGACGCACGGCCGAGCAAGAAUUCACCGAACGAAUAUCUACCGAACAAGAAACUGGACAAGCAUCUGCCGAGCACGAGUCCGUCAAUCAAGGGCAAACCAGUUCCGAACCAAAAGAACGAUCAUAUGACUGGCAAGCAGAUAUCUGUUCCUACAUCGCUGAUGACAUUGCUCCGUCCGACAAAUGGGAAGCCCGGCGCCUUCGGGCCCGCUGCGCGCAUUACACUCUCUUGGAUGGUAACGUUUUCCGCUGGACUGCAUCUGGCGCACUCUUGACCUGCGUCGGUCCCAAAGAGAUCGAUGACGUAAUGAGAGAAGUCCACGAGGGUUCCGGUGGCAAUCAUUCUGGGGCUCGCGCGCUUGCAAUGCGCAUACGCAACAAUGGUCAUUAUUGGCCUCCCAUCAUCCAUGCGCCGACCGAGCUCCUAAGGACAACAACGCCGCCAUACCCUUUCAUGAGGUGGGCAAUGGAUAUCGUCGGACCACUCCCCGUUUCUCGUCAGAAGAAAUACAUCCUGAUUAUGACGGAUUAUUUCACUAAGUGGGUCGAAGCAGAAGCCUUCGCCAAAAUCGGAACUGAGCAAGUCCAAAAGUUCGUAUGGAAAAACAUUAUAUGUCGACACGGACUCCCGUACGAGAUCGUCACUCACAACGGCACACAGUUUACCUCACUGCAAUUUGAAGGCUUUUGCGCGAAAUGGAGAAUUCGCCUGAGCAAGUCUACUCCUCGCUACCCGCAGGGAAAUGGACAAGCUGAGGCGACCAACAAGACAAUCAUUGACGGACUCAAAAAACGGCUUGAGGAUAAGAAAGGUCUAUGGGCUGACGAGCUCGAUGGUGUCUUAUGGUCACACCGUACCUCCCCCCGCCGAUCUACAGGACAAACCCCGUUCUCCAUUGCAUACGGAAAGGAGGCACUUGCACCAGAGGAAAUCGGCGUGCCAACCUUGAGACGCUCUAUCCUCGUCCACAACCCUGCUCUGAACACAGAAAUGAUGCUCGAUACUCUAGAUACUCUCGAAAAGGAGCGCGGCAGAGCACUCAUCCGAAUCCAGAACUAUCAGCAACAAGCUGCGAAGUUCUACAACAAGAAAGUCAGGCCUCGCCACUUCGAUGAAGGUGAUCUCGUCCUCAGGAAAGUCUUUGAAAACACUGCCGAGCUCAAUGCCGGAAAGAUGGGCGCCCACUGGGAAGGCCCAUACCUGAUCUCCAAGAUCGGCAUCGGAGGGUUUAUCAAACUCAAACUCGCCGAUCUUCACGUGCCAGACCUGGCACUCCCUCCGCAGACUUUCCAGCGUGUCCAUCGGAACAUUCGCACCCCUAGCAACCAUCUCCUCGAGAUACGAGCGAAUCCCCUCAGCACGGUUGCUUUCAACGAAGAAAUGGUCCGUGCACUGUAA